AAUCCCUCAGCCGCGGGCCGCUCUCUCUCCGGCUGGAACGGGACUCAACAAACCCGAAGAAGACGCGCAAAGGACUUGAAAUAAAUAAAGAGGACUGCUUUUGCUUGUUGAUUUUUCUCGCGUUGCUUGUUUUGCUCUUUUUUUCAGUAGUUGCCUUGCGAACUGCUCCGCGUCCCCCCUCUCCUUCUCUCUCUCCUCCAAGCAGGACAGACGGACUCUUUCAACGUUCGCGCAUCUCUUCAUCCCGGCGCGGCGGAGCGCAGGACUGAGCGCCGGUCUGCGGGAAUGUGAGCGCUCACGCUGGGAAAAAGGCUCGGAUGAGCGGAGCAUGUGUGCGCUGUGCGCCGAGACGCGCUGCUCCUGUUCGAAGACCUGCUUGUAAUUGCCUCAACUGAUUAAUUAACUUUCCGUCUGAUUUUUCUUCAACUAUCCGCUCACUCACAAAAGGCUCGGAGGUCAAUGAUGGUUAUCUCUCAGAGUGACUUCACCGGAUCGUUGUGACUACAGUGAUUUCGACCCAGACAUGUGGAAAGCAGAGAGUCCAGUCAGAGCCAGGAUGGGAUGUUCAGAAUGGAAGUCUUUAGUCCUCUGCGGCCUGGUGUUUGUCUUGACGGUUGUACAGAGUUCUGACGGGUUUAGCCGGGCAGCCAUGCCGUUCGGUCUGGUGAGGCGGGAGCUGUCUUGCGAGGGUUACCCCAUCGACCUACGCUGUCCAGGAAGUGAUGUCAUCAUGAUCGAGAGUGCCAAUUACGGCCGGACAGACGACAAGAUCUGCGAUGCUGACCCCUUUCAAAUGGAGAACAUCAACUGUUAUCUGCCCGAUGCAUUCAAGAUCAUGUCUCAAAGGUGUAACAACAGAACGCAGUGCAUCGUCAUCACUGGACCAGAUGUGUUUCCUGACCCCUGCCCAGGAACAUAUAAGUACCUUGAAGUCCAGUAUGAAUGUGUUCCCUACAUUUUUGUUUGUCCCGGAACUCUGAAAGCGGUUGGAGAUCCGUCGUUUCUGUACGAGGCGGAGCAACAAGCGGGGUCGUGGUGCAAAGACCCUCUCCAGGCAGGAGACAAGGUUUAUUUCAUGCCCUGGACCCCUUACAGAACAGAUACGCUUAUUGAGUACAACUCGCUCGACGACUUUCAAAACUCCCGACAGACCACGACAUACAAACUCCCCCAUCGGGUCGAUGGCACGGGAUUUGUGGUAUACGACGGGGCAGUGUUUUUUAACAAGGAAAGGACACGCAACAUUGUCAAAUUUGACCUUCGGACCAGAAUUAAAAGUGGGGAGGCGAUUAUAAAUAACGCCAACUAUCAUGACACCUCACCGUACAAGUGGGGCGGGAAAACAGACAUCGACUUGGCAGUUGACGAAAACGGCCUUUGGGUGAUCUACGCCACCGAGCAGAACAACGGCAUGAUGGUGAUCAGUCAGCUCAACCCCUACACCCUUCGCUUCGAGGCCACUUGGGAGACCACCUACGACAAGCGGUCGGCCUCCAACGCUUUUAUGAUCUGCGGGGUUCUGUAUGUGGUGCGAUCCACGUACGAAGACAACGAGAGCGAAGUCAGUAAGAGCCUCAUCGACUACAUGUACAACACCAAACAAAACCGAGGCGAAUAUGUCGACAUCCACUUCCCCAACCAGUACCAGUACAUCGCCGCUGUGGAAUACAACCCACGAGACAACCAGCUGUACGUGUGGAAUAACUUCUACAUCCUGCGGUACAAUCUGGUGUUUGGUCCACCUGAUCCAGCUCACGCACCACCUAUCUCAGAGGCAUCCACAACACCCAAGUUACUAAAACCAACAAACACUACAACAAGCACUGCUCAACCGAGAGGUCAGGUGACUACAGUUACCACUACAGGGACCAGAGCUGUUAAUAAGACACCCAAAUCACCAGCUGUACUUCCCCAAACCACCACGCCUCCCUCACUGGAGUCUUUCCCUCCACCUGAGCGCUUCUGCGAGAGCGUGGAGCUUAGGGACAUACUGUGGCCGCAGACGCAGAGGGGCAUGCUGGUGGAACGACCCUGCCCCAAAGGAACUCGAGGCACUGCCUCCUACCUAUGUGUUCUCUCCACUGGGACCUGGAACCCAAAAGGCCCAGAUCUGAGCAACUGCACAUCCCACUGGGUGAAUCAAGUCGCACAAAAGAUCCGGAGUGGGGAAAACGCAGCCAACCUGGCGAACGAGCUGGCCAAACAUACCAAAGGAGCCAUCUUUGCCGGUGACAUUAGCUCUACCAUGAGGCUCAUGGAGCAGCUGGUGGAUAUUCUAGACGCUCAGUUACAGGAACUGCGACCCAGCGAGAAAGACUCCACCGGCCGCAGCUUCAAUAAGCUUCAAAAGCGAGAAAGGACGUGCAGGGCGUAUAUGAAGGCUAUCGUGGAUACAGUCGACAACCUCCUCAGACCGGAGGCUCUGAAAUCGUGGCGAGAUAUGAAUACCACGGAGCAGACGCACGCCGCAACUAUGUUACUGGACACCCUGGAGGAAGGAGCUUUUGUCCUUGCUGACAAUUUAAUGGAACCGGCCAUCGUGAAAGUACCAGCCAGUAAUAUAAUUCUGGAUGUUUACGUGCUGAGCACAGAUGGGCAGGUUCAAGAUUUCAGGUUUCCCCAGAGCGGCAGGAGUGGUAUUUCUAUCCAAUUGUCUUCCAAUACGGUGAAACUCAACAGUCGUAAUGGUGUUGCCAAGUUGGUUUUUGCCCUUUAUAAGAACCUGGGGCAGUUUCUAAGCACGGAGAAUGCGACGAUGAAGCUCGGCCAUGAGGCUAACGGACGUAACCUCUCCGUGGCUGUGAAUUCCGACGUCAUUGCUGCCUCAAUAAACAAAGAAUCCAGUCGUGUAUUUAUAUCGGAGCCUGUGAUUUUCACCCUGGAGCACAUCGACAUGCAACAUUACUAUAACUCCAACUGCUCUUUUUGGAACUACUCCGAGAGAACCAUGAUGGGAUACUGGUCCACUCAGGGCUGCAAACUUAUCCACGCCAAUAAAAGUCACACCACCUGCUCCUGUAGUCAUCUCACCAACUUUGCGGUGCUCAUGGCUCAUCGAGAGCUGCUGGGUGCAGAUAAAGUCCAGGAGCUGUUGUUGAGCGUCAUCAGUCGUGUGGGUAUCGUGGUAUCCCUCAUCUGUCUGGCCAUGAGCAUCUUCACCUUCUGUUUCUUCCGUGGGCUGCAGAGUGACAGGAACACAAUCCACAAGAACCUGUGCAUAAACCUUUUCAUCGCUGAGCUCAUCUUCCUCAUCGGAAUCGACAUGACGGAGCCCAGGAUGGCUUGCUCCAUAAUUGCAGGAAUCCUGCAUUACUUUUUUCUGGCAUCCUUCGCAUGGAUGUGUUUGGAAGGGGUUCAGCUCUAUCUGAUGUUGGUGGAUGUCUUCGAGAGCGAAUAUUCACGCAGGAGGUAUUUCUACAUGGCGGGAUACCUCCUCCCUGCUGUGGUCGUGGGUGUUUCUGCUGCUGUAGACUACAGAAGCUACGGGACCAAGAAAGCAUGUUGGCUCAGGAUGGACAAUCACUUCAUCUGGAGUUUCAUCGGACCAGUCACCUUCAUUAUUAUGCUCAAUCUCAUCUUCCUGCUCAUCACGAUGUACAAAAUGAUGAAACACUCUACAUCGCUGAAACCUGAUUCCAGCCGGCUGGAGCACAUCAAGUCGUGGGUCAUGGGCGGCUUUGCUCUGCUGUGUCUCUUGGGCCUGACCUGGUCAUUUGGCUUGUUCUUCAUCAGCGAGUCGUCGGUUGUCUUGGCAUACCUCUUCACCAUCUUCAACACGUUCCAGGGCAUGUUUAUCUUCACCUUCCACUGCCUGCUUCAGAAGAAAGUUCGGAGAGAGUACAGCAAAUGCCUCCGACACACGUACUGCUGUAGCGGGAUCACGACAGAGAGCUCACACAGCUCCACAAAGACCUCAACAACACGGACAAGCGCUCGCUAUUCCUCUGGUACUCAGAGUCGAAUCAGAAGAAUGUGGAACGACACAGUCAGAAAACAGUCUGAGUCCUCUUUCAUCUCAGGAGACAUCAACAGCACAUCAACCCUCAACCAAGGAAUGACGGGCAAUUAUCUUCUUACUAACCCUCUUCUGAGACCACAAGGCACUAAUAACCCCUACAACACCUUACUGGCUGAAACUAUCGUAUGUAACACACCAACGGUGCCAGUCUUUCACUCUCCAGUGACCUACAGAGAGACAAGACACUCGGUGAUCAGCGGCAGAGACACGAACACGUUCGGGACUCUACCACUCAACGGCAACUUUAAUAACAGCUACUCACUUCAUAACUACAGCGACGGCGUGCAGGUGGUGGAUUGCGGGCUCAGUCUCAACGACACGGCCUUUGAGAAGAUGAUCAUCUCCGAGCUCGUGCACAACAACCUCAGGGCCGCUGAGUCCCGGAUCAGCACCAAAAAGGGGGCGGGGAUCAGCAGAGGGGAGGAGCCUGUGGUCGCGGAGACGUCGUCCCUGGUGCAGGUGGGUGGGGACAGCGAGAUGGAUGGUCUGGGGCUGCACCACACGCAUCCCCGCACCCUCGAAGCCCCCCUCAUCCCCCAGCGAACUCACUCGCUCCUGUACCACACGCAGGAGAGAGCGAGGGCCGACACGGACGAAGGGCCUUCGCAUCCCCACAGCUACAUCGGCCAGCUCCCGCCUCCGGCCGAGACCGCCCUGCCCUCCCCCAACAGAGACUCGGUGUACACCAGCAUGCCAAACCUCAGAGACUCGCCAUUCUCGGAGAGCAGUCUAGACGUCGGCCAGGACCUCUCGCCAUCCAAACACAGUCCGAGCGAAGACGUUUACUAUAAAAGCAUGCCCAACCUGGGGUCAGGCCAGCAGCUGCACGCAUAUUAUCAGAUGAGCAGAGACAGUAGCGAGGGCCUCAUCAUCCCCAUCUCUAAAGACGCCUGUGUCCCCGAGGGGGACGUACGAGAGGGACAAAUGCAGCUGGUCACAAGCCUUUAAAAUGAACUGUAAGCACCGCCCACCAUGUACACAGCCCCGCCCUUCCACCGAUGGCAGAGUGGUCUUCCUUUUUUAGCCUCCCACAUAACUGCACACAUAAUGGAGAAGUACCGCUGCUGUCCAACGAGUUACAGACAGGCCCAGACGGAAUCUGCAGACUUUUUAUCGCAUUUUAUGUGCUGAUUUUAGCUGGAAAUUUGCAGUGCAAUGGAUAAAGUUGGUGAAAUGGGUCAUACCAAGCCUUGUUUUUCGGUAAAAAUAUACUUUUAAAAAAAUGCAUAAAACCUGAUAUUAAUUAAGAUUUUCUUACCCCACUGGCAAAUUUUUAUUAUUAUGAAUAUUAUUAUUGUUGUUGUUACUUAAAUUUUACUGACUUCAAACAGGGUAUAAAAACUUCCCCAUUUCUUACCUUUCCCUUCUUCCCACCUUUUUCCUACCUUUCCCACCACUUGUGGUGUUUCUGGUCAAAAAUGGUAUACAUUGCCAAAAUGAUCCUAAAAUAAUGUUGUUUUUACUCAAAAACUGAGGUGCGUAAGUCAGGGCUGCCAGGGCUUCAUAACAAAACCAACCCAACUGCUACUCAAAACUAGCCCAAUUACAUCCAAAACAGGCUCAAUAGCGGGGUUUCCACAGGGGUCGUACACAGUCGAAAUCGCAUCCCAGAGGGGCAGGGGAUUUCGCUUUAACCCGUGGACUAAAAAAACAACCUGCAGCAACAGUAUAAAAGUAGCCCAAUUCUGCAGGAAAAGUGCGGAUUUGGCAACACUAGCAUAAGCGCAGAUCAGUGAAGCCAACAAUCAUUCAGUUCCAAAACAGAAAAAAAACAACCUGUGCUAAAUGCAAGAAAACAAGAAGUUGACAAAAAUAUUCAAUCCAAGAUUUGAUGAUAAUAUAUAUAUUUUUUUAAAUUGCAAUUUUUAAAUGACCGGCAACACCACAUUAGUUAAAGGAUUUUCAGCACAGCACAAGGGUUUAGAAGGUUUAUUCAUAAAAGGGAACAAAUGCCAAUGGGGAAAGAAACAAUCUCAGUUCAAGACAAACUUCAGCAAGUAUACUGUUGUUUAAAGAAAUGUUUUUACUGGAAAACAAGAAAACACUAGUAUUAUGGAAACAUAUGUUUGCCAUUUUUAAUUGUUACCUUGUUUUGGUAGCUGAAUGUAAUCAAACUAGCCACAAUUAUUUAAUAAACAAAGAAGCAAGGGUCAGAUAAAGUGUACAGUAGAACUUUGAGAAUGAGGGCCUUGCAAUGUUCUAUGGUUGCAGAUUCCGUGUGGGCCUGGUUAUAGAAAUACAGUUUCACAUAAAAAUAAAUAAAAAUAAAACUAAGCCAAAAAAAAAAAAGUCUUUCUCGUUCCAGUGCAUACGUUUCUCAAAGGAUGUACAUAUAUGUUCACAUAUUUCUCUUUUGAAUGCAAGUUUUGCUUUUGCUUUUUUUAUUAUUAUAUACAAAAAUGAAAUUACCAGGACCUUAAGACAUGCAGAGAUUGUCCUGACUGAACUAAAGGAGUCCUGUAACACCCUUUACAAUCAUCGGCAAACUCCCAUAUGACCACUAGCAAACAAACCCCAGGCCUUAUAUUUUCUCAAUCAUACACGGAACUGUCAAGGGUAAUGAUACAUAGAACAAUAUAUUUUGUUGUAUUGAUUGUGUAAAAUAAAUUGCUAUAAAAUAAUCAAAAACAACCCUAAAUAUAAAGCAAAUGAAGAGAUUUUGAAAAUGAGAUGACUAUGUAAAAAGUUUCGAAGCGUGUUUAUGAUGAUGCAAUCGCUGGAUGACCGCAGGUACGCUGCGAAAGACAUGGAAAUUCCUCUGUCCUGUUCAUGAAAAUGGUUUUGCCGCUUCACAUCAGUUCAUUUUAGUAGAUUCUGAUGUUCUCGUGCCUUGCACACAUUUAUUUCGUGCAAAUCUGUGCAAAGCAUGAAAAAUGUAGUGACUGAAGUCCGCAGCUGAGCAUGAAGGAGGACCUUCUUCUUUAUAGACAUAUUACUGCAGCUGGGGUUGGAUAUUUAUUUAUUAAAUUAUUCUUUAAAAAUGAUACUUUUGUGAAUAUUUUACAGCACUGGUCGACGUAGUUCAUCCUCAUAAGCAUAAUUAAGAAACCCAUCUCUGAUAAACAUGUUAAGGAGCCCAUCUCUACAAAGGAUGUAAAGUUCUACACUUGUUUAACAAUAAAUAAAUGUGAAUUUUUUGUCUAA